CCAAUGAGGUCCGGAGGCAACGAUGGGGCCAACAGUCACAUAUCAAGUCAUCUUCAUGUAGAAGUGAUUAGAAACUCUCAUACCGUCGGGAACUAUAUCAAUAUUUGUUCUGUUCUGACCGCAUCAUCAACUAGAACCCACCGCGAAUUAUUUGUGCAACGUGCAAGGCUUCUUGCCACUAUGAGUAUCGCACAGUGAUUACUUCAAAGCCGAGGGCGUGCAAUCCGUCCCAUAAGCAAGAGCCUUACCUUCCAAAGAGAGGCCGUGGAGGCUUUGCAGACUACAAAUAUGCCAAGACGCAAUCCCCCAUCAAGCGGGCCUAGUCAAUCUUCCAGUGAUCGGUCCUCCAGUGACCCUGACCAGACUGUUCCACGACGCCGAACAGCAGGGAAUCGCCACUAUAAGUCCCGUCAGGGCUGUUUCGAAUGCAAAAGACGCAAGGUCAAGUGCCAGGAGACACAGCCAGCAUGUGAGAACUGCGUCCGCCUGUCACUGUCUUGCCGGUAUCUGCCCUAUGGCGCCAAUCCAUCGCCAGGACAGGCAGUUACGUUGCAUGAGAAGCAGAUCUUUAAUCUGACGGACAUGCGGCUCUUUCACCACUAUUUCGUUGCAGCUUAUCCUCAUUACCCUGUCAGAAAUGACAAUAUUUGGAUUAGCUAUGUGACUCCUAUCAGUCAUCAGUGUGACUUUCUGAUGCACGCAAUAUUGGCAUUGUCAGCGUCUCAUCUAGAGAAACUGUCCAACAGCGGCCUGACAAAAGUCGCUCAAGCCCACCGUCUCGCUGCCAUUACGGGUCUGAAUAGCCAUCUAGACAAGCCAUUGAAGACAGCAGCAGACGGCGAUGCGGUUAUCGCCACUUGUUUUGCAUUGUUGAUGCAAUCCUGGUACAUGGAUGAUGGACUCGAGUCUUUUCUGGUCAUGACUCGAAGCUGUGAACUUCUUACCAAGCAUGUUCGGAGCCAGAAAGUGGAUGCGAUACUUGCGCGAGACGACUGUUCUCGCGUGGAAAAUAUGCGCCCAAGGCUCCACGGAGCCCCGAGCUAUGAUCUCGAUUUUCUGAGCUUGGCCUCCCAGUCUGUCAAUGACGUUGGGUUAUUAUGCGAAGAGAGCUAUCAAUGGAAGCUCCUUACAAGCCUACAACAAUGUAUUGCAUCGCUAGCAAAGUCACAGAUGGAAGGUUAUAUGUCCCACCUUAAUAUCGAAUCUAUCUUGGUCUCCAUGGACCAUGAAGAGCUCGUACAGCUCAUAGACCCUCAAAACGUCAUUUCUCAGCUUCUCCUUGCUCACAUGGUCGCCAUACAGUUGAUUCUCCGUCCAAUUGUCUGCCGAGAGAGGAAACAAUAUACUGUGACGAUGUUCAGCAUCCGCAUGAGCCGAUGGGUCGAGACGAUUUGUGACAACGUCGGUGCAGGAUACGACGGAUUCUUAACAUGGCCUCUCCUCGUCAGUCAAUAUCACAAUACCAAGACUUUGGAGAAGCACAUCCUUGCCUCGCCAGCAACAUCAACGGGAAUAGUUGGUUAUAAUGGGGGUAUGAAUUUAGUAGCAACAUAGUUAGCAUGGGGUGGAGCUACAGGUGAUACGGAGUUAAGGUGAUUUAUGAACAUGCCUCAUGAGAUAAUUAGAUAUAUAUUUUGACAUAGAAGGUCGUUACCC